CGAUAGGAACCUUGCCCCCGCGCCUACGUGUGCGAUUUAUCUGAAUCGCGACUCGGGUUAGCAGGGGCGGGCUGAGUUCUCUUGGCGUUCGCCUCUUCAUGAUGGAGGUGUCAGGCCUGACAAAGCUGCAUUUAGAUGUGGCGGAGGGCCCGACCCCCCCAAGCAUGGGCACACGUCCCCAAUCUAACGAGAUAUUUUUCGCAUCUACACGGUCAAGCUCCCGGGAGGGACGCCCCUUGCCGGGCUUUCCGUCCACGACGGGAGGGCGCCGGCUCAAGGAAUCAUCCACGCGUAUCAUCUACCUUUUGGCGCUACUCGCCAUUGAAAGCCAUGGCCCCUUCCUACAGGACACACACCUCGCCAAAGACGCUGGACAGGCGUCGCGUCGACGCCAGUGUAAGGAGAAAGCACAGCUGCAGACCGCGCGUCGCGAGAGGCUCUUUCGCUAUGUAGACUCCCUGUCGGACGUGCUGGCCCUGGACGACGACACGACCCUCCGGGCCAUGGUGACGGCGGCCUGCCAGGACGGGGGCUUGGUCUCACUGCAGCAAUCCUGUUCCGAGGCCGAUGCGGAGGAGGAUUGCUACGUGCUGGUCCAGACGGUGCCCGAGCUCGUGGAGGACCUGGUGAGGGAGGUGGGCGCGAGUUGUCCCUCUCCCUUGGACUCGGCCUGGCUGUCUCUCGUCGUGAAAGUCCUCAUCACCUACCAAGUCCGUGCCCACCUCUAUGACGCCCGCGCCCGCGCCAGCUUCCGCCGGCUCUCGCAGCGACUCGGUCCCGAUCUGUUGCCGUGGUCGGAGGUGGUGGCGAUAGAGAGCGCCCUGGCGUUCGAGUGCUCCUCCCUUUUGGCCAACGCCGGCGCCGACCCUCCUCGCUGCCAGAGUCUUGCACGCUACGCCAAAGUUGCGUGCGCCGCCCUGGGGGGCGGGGCGCUGAUGCUGUACACAGGCUCCGUGGCAGCGCCCUCCAUCGCCGCGUCCCUGGUGGCUCUCUGCACGGCGGGAGGGAUGGGGCUCGGGCCUGCCGCGGCCGCAAUCACGCAGCAGCUGACCAGCAGCACGGCCACUUUGCUGUCGUACUGGGGCCUGACAUCGGACCUGUGCAUCUCCUCCUUCCUGGCCGUGACGGGGGUGGGCCUCACUGGCUACAAAAUGACACAACGCACGCGGGGCCUAACCGAGUUCCACUUCGUGCCCCUCCAUUCCUCCUUCCCUUUGCACAAGCGCGACGGGGAGGCACACGCCUCUAAGCGGGGCACCGAGGAGUGUCAGCAGGCGCCGAGAGACGACAACGGGGCCGCUGCCUCUUCCUUCCGCGGCUCGCCUGGUCUCCCUGUCUUCAUUUGCGUGCCCGGAUGGGUAGAGCACGACCAGGACCCCCGCCGGGUCUGGGGAGGGGAUAUGACUACGGUGUCCACCGUCUCACGAGAGGCGGGGGGCGGUCGCGGGAAGGACACAGGCGGGAGGGGCGGGGAGGCGGAGGCUGGGUCGAGGGAAAGGAAGGAGGCCGCAGGGGGGGGCGGGGAGUCGGAGGAGGAGGGGGCUUCGAUGGGGAAAAGCGUUUCGUCGGACGGGAGCUUGGGCAGCUGGGAGGCGUUGGAGGUGGAGUCGAAUGGGUGGUGGCGAGAGGUGGUGCCGGGAGGGGAGGAGCACGUGCUGAUCUGGGAGACCGCAUUGCUGGGCCAGCUGCACCGCGCCAUGCGAGAGUUUGUUUGGCACGAGGCGUCUCGCUACGCCAUCGACGAGGUGAUCAAGCACACGGCUUUGGCGGGAUUGACCUCUGCCGCCGCAUUGCCCAUUUCCGUGCUGACCGCGGCCCAAAAACUGGACAGCCCCUGGCAGCUGGCGGUGCUGCACGCACAAGAGGCCGGCGUACUGCUUGCCAACCUUUUGGCCUUACGACCCCAAGGGUCGCGCCCGGUGACCCUCAUGGGCUUCUCCAUGGGCGCACGCGUCAUUUUCCACUGCCUGGAGGCCCUGGCGAGCAAGGGGGAAGCGGGCUUGGGCAUAGUCGAGAAUGCGGUCUUGCUGGGUUUGCCAAUGGGUCGGGCGUCGGAGAGGUGGCGGCAGGCGCUGGCGGUGGUGGCGGGGAGGCUGGUGAACGGGUACUCGACCAGGGACUGGGUGUUGCAGUUCCUCUUCCGCUCCAAAGCCUGGGAGCUGGGUCUGGCGGGGCUGGGGCCGGUGGAGGUGGUGGGCGAGGGCGAGCGGCGGGUCGAGAAUCUGGACUUGAGUGAGCUGGUGCCCGGACAUUUAUCUUACCCAAAGGCCCUUCCCAACAUCAUGGCUCUCUUGCGCUUGGAGGGGUAGAAACGGGGGGCUUACCGGCGGAGACGAUGCGGUGGGAGUCGGAAAAGGGCGGUGGAGGUGCGUCUACACAUGUGGACAGGAGUAAUCAUUGUACAUGCGUAAGCGUGAGUUUGAAGUAUUGCACUGUUGCCGGCCUGCUCCAUCUCAGUGCAAGGUAGCGAAGCGCUGGAUUCCGGUGAGGUGCUGAGGCGCAGAUUUUGUCCUGUGGCCUUUGCAUGAUGCUUCUCAGGUGGUGAGACGUCAUUCGGUCUCAGGUCUGUGUGCAAGGGAACGGGGCAGCUUGAAAUGAUGUAAAUUUGUUGGUACGGGAGGUGGUGUGGAAAUGUAUGCAGCAGCGGGUUGUUGACAACAGAUGGAGCGGAGGGUCUCUCAUCAGGCGCCCAGCGGUUGACUGAUACCGAGACGAUCAUCCGGGGAGAGUUGUAUAUCGGAAGAGGAGCUUCAGGGAAGUAUAGGCAGCCUGAUAAUGCACCCGUAAAAAAAGAAAAAUCCAUGGAAGCGCUUUCACAAA